CAAUCGAAUCAAGAACAAAUAUGAAAUUCUUCUCCGUCGUCACCGUCUUCGUACUCGGUCUUCUGACUGUGGGCAACGCUGUUCCACUGUCGCCCGAUCAAACCCUGAUCAUCAACGGUGCCUGCGAAGAUUGCAUCAUCAGCAAUGGCAAGUAGGAAGAUUCUUGCCCAUGGAUUGAGAAAACUUCAAACUGAAACACAAUAGUUGUAACCAUUUAUGCUGAAGUCCCAAAUUG